ACUUAACAUUAUGCUGAAAUUUCUAUCUAGACUUAUUCUAAAACUAUACAAUUGUAAGUAACAAUCAUUAAAACUAGAUUACCUAUAUCUAAAGUACAUUUAUAUCACAGGUUGCAGGACGAGUACAAAAGACGAGCACAAAUAAGUUAAAAUAAGCUCGAAACUGAAUUUUCUAAAAGCUGCUUCUCACCCAAUAACUGGAGUUUGAGAUCUGCUAAAAAGAAUUCAGAAAGAACUAUUCGCUCCCGCAACAAACUUUUAGAAAAUUCAUGGCAAGUGAUCAUUUCUCUACAAUGCCUAGUGCAUCGCAAACGGGAGACUGCGGUAAUUGUUCGCGCCCCAAAGAAUACAAUGAGCUGGCGAUGACCAGUCGUAGUUGUUUACCAACUAAAUCAUCCUCAAUAAAUAGAGGAAAGUAUGCUCGCAUUGCCCUAAAACUAAAACAGUUGGAUGAAGAACGCGCAAUCCAUGAGCGCGCCUUCGAGGCCGCAAAACGGGCAAUAGCUUUGGAGCGGAUGGCUAUAGAGGCCAAAUACAAACUGUUGGAAGAGCGAAUUUCUAAAGCUCCUAAGAAACACAAUAUGUGCAAGAAGACGGAUAGCACGAGACUAUCGAGUGAUAAUAAGCAGUUACAUACCGCAGCCGAGGGAUUGCAGGAAACGCAGAAAGUUUGUCAAGAGAAUCAGACGCAAUUGGACCUGGUGGAACAACCGAAUACCGACGCGAUUCUCGAUUUUGUUCCGAAUGACCAAUACUUGUUUACUGGCAGCGAUAUGAAAACAACGAAUGAUAUGAAAACAACUGAAGCUGAUGAUCAUGUCAUUAUACCAUUUCUCCCCACUAACUAUCCGAUCGCCAGCCGAGAUAACAUGAUCACUCGCGGCGAACCUACGAUUCGGUGUAUAGUACAGUGGUUAAAAUAUUGCAUGCAAUCUACCACACGGUGGGUUAUAGUGGACAUGAACCUAGAAUUGGUUGUGUGUGAACGAACAGAUUUCCGAGUGACUGUAACCUGGUUGAAAUCGUUCUGUGUUCAGCUGGAUCCAGACACUGGGCAAUCUCGCGGGGUUCAACGAAAUAAGGGAGAAAUCAAAAAGCCAUUUUACCCUUUUGCUCAUCCUAAGCUCGUCUCUCUGUUAGCCGUUGCGAUAUUCUUCAACCACGCUCUUGAAAACAAUGACGACCAUCCAUCGCACAAUUAUCAGAUCGUGCUUAUUACCAAUCGAAAGAGGGCAAGUUUUGGUUCUGCGAACGAACUCAGUGCAGUGAAUGAUGAAUCUUCAAGUUUUGUUUUGAUUUGGAUUGGUGAUCUCAAACCGUCCACAAUAGAUCAACCCUUUACUCCGACGCCGAGGCAAACGCUCAGUGUUCUCUCUAAUAAUUUGCUACCGAAUAUUUUCGAGAGAACUAUUUUGGACACAGUAGACCAGCGCAUAACAUCCUUGCUAUCGCAGCGACGAGAGAAUCGGUAUCGUUUACGCUUCACCGAUUCGUGCGACCGAGAAAUCUGUCUGCGUCAUUCUAGUUCCAAACUCUGCGCCUAUAGGAUACUGCUAUCACAACGCAAAGUUGAUAAAAGUCAAGCUUCAGCACGAGGUCACAGAAGUACAAGUACCAUAUCUAACAACGGAGAUGCAAUGUAUGCAUCGGAACAUGCUGGGAUAGACCUGUUGCAAAUAAAGAAAGAACAACCCAAGGUUUCCAACUCGUUUCCAUGGAUUAUUGCCACCUUGCAGCAGCCGAAGGAGUUUUGCUAUUUGCUUGCCAUAUCUGAUUUGUUGUGGUUUAGUUCGAAUCCUAAAGUGAUAAGUACCGCACACUGUUUCGGGAUAGGUCCCCUGCCCAACGUGCAUUUCCCUGUCGAUGGGCAAUUGAAUGUUCGUGCUCUGUUUGUCGUGCUCCGUAUGCCGCUCGACUUUAUCGAGUGCAACAAGAAGAAGAACAAUGUAAAUCUGUGCGUUGAUCGUGUCGUUAUCGUCGUCAACUACGAGGAACGGGGGAUGGAACGGAUUAUCGAUUACCAGAAUCUCAUCAAGGUUGUCGUUGAGCCAGAAGGUUUGCCACUUAACAUCUGGCCACUAAACCAAAUUCGCAAGAUCAUCCAGAAGAAUUUGGCCACAGAACAGCUGGCAGUUAUCGGCGAAAUGGACGAGUGCAACGGAUUGUACGAGAACUGUGAUAAAACCAGAAGAAAGCUGAUAUUCGACAUCGACGAGGUCAUCUCUAAUUAUCACACACGGGUUGAGCUGCACCAUAAUAAAGCAGCUUACGAAGAGGAACAUCGAUCUCUGAACGAUUACGUUAGUCAGGUGAAGAAGAAGAAGCAGCACAUCUGUUUCGCCAUUUGCGAAGGCGUAGAACAAAUUGGGAUUCUGGACUACGUCGAAUGGUUCAAGAAAAGCCGAUUCGAGAUCGUCUACACGAAAUCCAUCGAUAAGUACACCAUACAGCAGGAUAAGAGAUACCAGGACAAGCAGUUGGUCUCGUUCACCGUGAAAGUGAAGUGGUCCGAAGCGGGCAUGCACGAAGGGGUUAUCAAGGAUCUGGUCAUCCUGUUGUUUGGAACUGCCCCACCGUCGUCCGGAUUCUCCCUGGACAAAACUACAGUGUACGCCUCCCGUAUUUAUGGCAUUAUUAAGAAGGAAUUCGAUAUCGUGGAAGAUGCAGGCUUCCGACCUUCAAGACCGCUGUGGCGGGUGAGUUCGUUGCCUUGAAAUCGAAAUGAGGAUUUUGAGUAUCAUGAUGUAAAUAAUUACCGUAGAAAGCUAAUAGUUAGUUAGAUGAUAAGCUGGCAGGAUAUUUGUAAAACUGGACCAGUUGGCCAGUGUUACGGGGAGGGGUGUUGCUGCCAGCACUGCUCUUUCACGUCACAGAAAAAGAGAAUUGAUGACAGGGCAAAAUAAGAUUUGGGACAAUAGCAGAAUUGCCAUUGUUGAGUGAGAUUCUUCCGAGUGAACGGAUGGAUCCUAAAGUUUUUUUAACAUUUCUUUACAAUUAAACUUAACAAUAUGCUGAAAUUUCUAUCUAGACUUAUUCUAAAACUAUACAAUUGUAAGUAACAAUCAUUAAAACUAGAUUACCUAUAUCUAAAGUACAUUUAUAUCACAGGUUGCAGGACGAGUACAAAAGACGAGCACAAAUAAGUUAAAAUAAGCUCGAAACUGAAUUUUGUAAGUACUUAAAUUGAAAUUAUAUGUCCUAGAGAAUCCCUAAUUAUUAAAAUAAACAUUUCAGCUAAAAGCUGCUUCUCACCCAAUAACUGGAGUUUGAGAUCUGCUAAAAAGAAUUCAGAAAGAACUAUUCGCUCCCGCA